UGCUGAGGAACUGUAUGAGAAAGAACUGACCCCACUAGCAGAAGAAAUAUUAAAGGAGGGAGGUUGUGUUGGUGAUGCUAGUAUUAGGAAGAUAGCAUAUUUUGAUGGAGCUAAAGACCCUUCGCUCUUUAAGGGAAAUAAGCGUGACAAGACUCGUGUAGUUACUUACAGGUGCCCCAGUAACUGUGCAGUUCAAGUGUACAAUUAUAUAGAGAAGACAGCUCGGGUUGUGUUUGGUCCUGAUCUUGUAGUGCUGGAUCCACAUGAGAACUUUAUUGUCCUCAGUUUGAGUGCUGGUAAACCAAAGAAGGAGAAUGCUCUGAAGACUAUUUGCCUCAUGCUUGGUCCUGACUUUAUAUCUGACCAUAUUACAGUAGAAACAUCAGAUCAUGCUCGUCUUAAGAUUGCUGUAUCAAUGAACAAUGAAUUCAGAAUUGAGAGAGGUAACCCAGAGAGUGAGGCUAUGCUGUUUAGUGUUCCAGACUUCAUUGGAUUUGCUUGUAGAGAAGUUGCUAGUAAAGUGAGAGGGAAGGUUGCUUCUAUACCAUUUGAACAGUUCCACAAGCAUUCAGCCGAUAUUAUAACUGCUGCUGUGUUUGGUAAGAAUGCUGAUGGAGAAGUUAAUAAAGAAGUGAUAUUUACUGCUAAUAACCUGGUGAUCACUAAUAUUGAUAUUCAAAGUAUUGAACCAAUUGAUCAUCAUAUGAGAGACUCUUUAUCUAAAUCUGUGCAAAUGGCAAUUGAGAUAUCUACCAAGUGAGUCCACACUUCAUCUACAAUUUAUA